AUGGCUUCCAUGACGGCAAAGAAAUUGGCGAUAGAAUACGAAAAGGACGUCAGUAAAGAAUUGUUCAAAUACGAAUGCCUGAAAGACCUAGACCUCUUUGUCCUUGAUAAUUCAAUCCGCGAGAGCACGGUGGGGCAACUGAGAGGUCAUACUAUUGAGAACAAGUGGGAGAUAUUCAACGAGGUUACAAAAUGCGGCUUCCGUCACCGAAUAGUGGCAAGCUACAAUCACCAGAGAAGAGUAGACGAUGAAUUCGUGAAGGAAGUCUUGGCCAAGGGCGAAGAUCCAGAAGGUCUUUGGGCGUUCAGUGAAGUCACCGAAGGCAUCAGUAAAAAGGUACCGGACCAAACAUCAAUUCCAGUCGGCCUCUUGAAAAUGAAGGAAGCGGGACUUCGAAACGUAAUCUUUGAGAUAGAUCUUGGGAACUCUACCUACAACUUCAAGAAGUUUACCGUAAAAGACAUGUGCCGCCUUGUAGAGAAGUGGGUUUUAUGGGCAAAAUCCAAUUUAGGUUCGAAUUCCAAGGUCCUGGUAAGUCUCAGGGAUCUACCCGAUGUAAUGCCAAAAAAAUUCCAGCGUGUGUUUCACGUUGUCGACUUCUUAGCCAGACUGAACCUGUUGUUUGGGAUAUGCUUUGAAGAACCACGAGGUAAAUCGCUGCCCGAAGAAUGCGGUACUUGGGCAAAGUUCAUUCGCAAGGUGAUGGACAGUGCCAACUGGAAAGGACAUCUGCUGGUUCACGUGCAUGAAAAGUUUGGUUUAAUGGAUGCAACUGCCUAA